GAGAGAGAGAGAGAGAGAGAGAGACUGCCCCGUCUGUCUGCCUUAUCUCCUCACACAAACUGUCAAACCUCUUCACAGCUGCCUCUCUGCAGGGCUACACUGACAGUGGAAGAUUAGCUGAUAGCUGUAGUGUCGUUAUUAUUAUCACUGAUACAGCUGUGGCACUCUUAUUGUGCACGCAGUAGAGCGCAGCUCUCCGCCAGGUGUGUCUGCGACGACCACCGCUGCGUUGUGUGACUGAAUGAAUACAACCCACAAUUAGCUCACCCUCCCGUCAACACACCAAUGGGUUGAACUCAGAAACAAGCAGCGAUGUAUGCAGGCGACCGGCUCGAAGCUGUCGUAGAAGACAAGUCCUGUUCAGUGAAGUAAAGUUGUUGUAUUGCUCUCUUCAAACCCACAAGAGUCCAUUGCCAAAAACCCAAAUCCAUUGUCAUUUUACUCCACAGAACACAGGAGUAUACAUACAACCCCAUUUCAAAACAUUCAAACUAACCCUUUCAGUAAUUUACAAACCUAGCCCAGCUAACGUUGACUCAGCUAGUGCUGGAGUUCACAUAACCUUAUUGAUCCGCUUGCUUUGGUAAUCUACGCCACUGCCUUCUUGCUAACUGCCCAGUGGGCGUUUCCAUUUGAAAAAAUCCCAAAAGAAUGCAGAUGGAUUCAACCUUUGAUUGCAGACCUUUGUACUGAGUUCAGAACAUUAAGUAUAUCAACAUCACAAAUGAUAUUUGCUUUGACGUGUGUAAUAUUUGUCCCGUGCCGUCAGUCCUCUGUUCUGAAGUAAGCUGCUCUCUUUCAUUAUCAGGAAGAAACGUUGUGUGAAGUUUUCCGUGAAGAGCAACAAGGAUUUCUCAGAGGAAGCUGGGAAAGUUUCACUGUCCAUCUUUGUUUCUAAACAUUUGGAUCCCAAUCAGUCCUGGUGAGAGAAGAGUUCCUUCUUUUACACUGAGCAGUUGGUCCAAACUGUGUAUGUCUUGUUUAGAAGUACAUUUUUAAGUCUUCCCUACCAGAGCAAUUUAACAUUAUAAUUUAAGAGAGGGGGAGUGAAGAGUUUCCCAACCAGGUUAUUUAGGGUACCAAGGACAUUUUAUUUGGACCUUGAGGUUUGGACUCCCUUCCUCAGGGAGGUCAGCAGUGGCUGACAGAUCUUCUUGGGACUUACCACAAAGACAGCAGAGACACCUCUUGCGGUGGUGAGUGAGCUGAGCUCCGGACCCUUUACACGUCCUCUGACGAACCAAAGACUAUGCUGCACCUGAAGAAAAACUUCACGGAGGGGCUCAUCCAGAUGGCCAUCCUGCUCAGCCUGUGUGGGCUGAGGGUCGACGUGGGACUGGAGUCCUACCUGCCUCCUUCGUGGCACGAGAUGAUGUUGGGUCCGACCUCGGCGCUGACCCAGACGCAGUUCCACAACCUCCGCAACCGCCUGGGGGACGGCCAAGACCUGCACCCCAAGAGCGUGGACCUGGAUGGCUUCUUCACGACGCGAAGGCUGCUGGGCUGGGUCCACUCUCUGGACAGACUACAGGUUCCUCAUGCAGAAUUGGAGACAUGGCUGGUCCAGCGGGAGCCGGAUCCUCUUCCCAUGGUAUGUCCAGACCUGCUGGAAAGAGCACCAACUGGGGUAGAAAGAGACCACACUGCCCCACCUUUGGAACCCAGAGCUGGACUUGGUACCCUGCAGGAAGAAGAGGAGGAGGAUAAAGAGGAAGAAACGCAUCACGUACGUCAUAACAGUGGUGCUGUGGAGGAGCCAGGAGAGGAGGAGGAACACCUGGGUAGGAGGACAGAGGGAAGACGAAGACUUGGAGGUUCCUACAGCCAUGCUAACAACAGAGAGCUAACUCAGAAUGAAGGAGACCAGAAUUCUUUCUCCCUCCAGGAGUGUUUGAGGCUGUUGGAGGAAACCUUUGACGUCACAGAAGAAGAACAGUUACGUGAUGUUGGUGGUAGAAGGGGAGAUCUGGAGCGUCAGCCACCAGGCAGGGACCCUCCGCUGUCCCAUAUCACCCCCACUGGUAACCCUUCCUUGGACCUUGAGCUCCACUGGCAGGACCUGUUGGCUAUCAUGGACCAUGAGAACACAGAUGUUGACAUGAUGACUUCAUUUGACCACAUCCAAAAUUCAAGAGCAACUAAGACCCUUCAGGGUGUUGGGUCUGAAGCUCUGCGCCAAAAUUGUAAUGACCAUGACAACACCGCAACAGAGGCUGAGCAGGAGGUCCUUUUAAUGGAGACUCCCAUGCAGCACGGUUUGUUGGGGCCUCCAAGGCAGUCAGAGCAAGAGCCAGCCCUGCUUCCCCUCACACCCAGUGCAGAGUUGGAUGACCACAGUUCAGCCUUAAACUCAAGGGACACUUUGAAAAACUCUAACAUGAAUCCCUCGCACAGUCUUCCGGACCACACACAUCUGCUUGCCCAAGAUCCUUCAGAAGAUUUCUAUGUGGGACUAAAUGCAGAUGAUAACUCAAGUACCCUCAACAUAAAUCUGCUAACACAAGGUCUUGUGGAUACCAUGGCAGGCAGUCCGUGUUCACAGUCUGCUCCCCAUCCUGACAACCUUCCUAGCUUUGAUGCUAACUUUCAUUCACGUGACUUGACACCUUCUAGUUUCACCCCAUCUCCGGAGGGGAAUGGUAUGACUCAAGACCCUCUGACAUCUAUCUCCGGUUUCUUUCUGGUUGAUGAAGAGGAGGAUGUCAAUGAUGAAGAUGGUCUCCCUAGCCCACUUUGUGGCCUCUUAGAGGAUGAUGUCAUCUUGGAUGAGAUGAGAUUGUUGGACCUGGCUCUGGAUGAAGGAUUCAGCCCUGAAAUGGCAGCCAAGCUGGAAGAGGAGGGUUUCCUUGGGAGUGAAAUCAUCGAACAGGAAAAUAGUAGAGAUGUUGACCACUCAGGCAUUGGCGUCGCGAUCACGGAAGAUCAGGGUCAACCAAGAAGACAUCAGCAAGAUGGCGCAGUUGACUCAGACUCUGGUCUUUCUCUGGACUUCAGCCGCAGCCCUGCUUCUCCAUGUGCUUCUGAGGCCUCCUCUUAUUCCUCUUCCUCAACCUCCUCUUCAUCUUGUUUGUCGGCUGUGGGAAGUCCCUUUUCUGAGGAUGAAGACACUGAGGAAGGGUUAGAAGGUUCAGAUAUGGAAGGGGAGAUGACCAUAAAGCAGGAGGAGCUGGAAGAGGAGGAGAUGGGGGCAGUCGGAGGAGGGUACCCUGAAGAUGUUAAGAAACCCUUCCCUCCCAACUAUAGGGAUCUCAAGCUGUAUAAUGGCCUUCCUUGGCAGGAGCAUAUCGGCCACGAUCACACGUACAACCAGCCCUGGUUGUCCGCCUCCUCUCCAUCCCAUGGCAAGAUGUCAACCAAAUCCUUCUUGCGACAUGACGAUGCCAAGCCUUGCCACCACUCCUCUUCCAGACACAUCUCUGAGACUAAAAUGUGGAGCCGGGAUGAACGGCGUGCACGAACCCGGAAGAUCCCUUUCUCCAAUGAGCUGAUUGUUAAUCUGCCAGUGGAAGAGUUUAAUGACCUACUGGCCAAUUACCAGCUUAGUGAGGAGCAGCUUAUACUCGUCAGGGACAUACGACGCCGUGGUAAGAACAAAAUUGCAGCCCAGAACUGCAGGAAGAGGAAACUGGACGUGCUGUACGAACUGGAAGACAAUGUGUCAGGUUUGAGACGCUACCGUUCGCGGCUGCUCCGAGAGCAACAGGAAGCCCUGAGGAACCUGCAGGAAAUGAAGCGUGAACUGGGCAUGUUGUAUCAGGAUGUCUUUUCCAGGCUGAGGGACGAGGAGGGGAUGUCAUUGAACGCUAUGGAGUACCUGCUUAAUUUUGAGUCGGAUGGUAGUGUCUCUGUAGCUUCACGCCAACAAGGGGCAGCGCUGCCACUGACAAAAUCCAGCAAGAAACAGAGGGACAAGAAGAAGUGAGGAGGUGGACAAACCAGCCAAUACUGGCUCAAAAGCUUUGGGCAUUAACAGAAGUGUGAUCCAACCACAAAAAAAGCGGGAAAUACUGAAUAUAAUUCCUUCAUAAAUAAAUGAAGGAACACAGGAAUUCUGGAUCUGUUGUCAGUGGAAGGUGCUGAAAGGUACCAUGUAAUCUUCAUACGCCCAAACAGAUAUGCCCGAUAGUGAUGUUUUUUAAUUUAAAGAUAUGGUGGGUGGCUGAAUGGACAGAGGCAAUCAAGACUAUUGUAAAGCUCAAACAACUCUGAGGUACAUCUAUGCUACUACAUAUUUGGAUAAAAACAACAGACUAUAGAUGGCCUGGGACCAGCACUUUAAAAUGCUAGUUCAAUGCCUAUGCACAAUGCUGCUUGAACAUACCGAGCUGAACAAUAGAGCAGACUGAUGGCAGGCUGGAUCCUGGCGGUCAGCUGGUAUAGCCUCUGGGCCAUUAAGAAAGGGUUGGUGGAAUACAGAAAGGGAAGUUGUGAUCAUGAGCUGGCAGGGGUCUCACUCAAAGACACUUCAGCAGGCUACUGACAGUGGGUCAUGGGGAUCAAACCUGUGUAUGUAGAGUUUCCAGAUGGUGCAGUAAUGACAGACCGCCCUGCUGCCAAAAUUAAGCAUCCUAUUCGCCAAAACUUCCCCAACCAUCUACAGCAAAAGCCUUUGAAAUUAUACUAAGAGAGGAAAUAUGCCACCUUGACCACUUUGCUGGAAGUCUUGGAUUAGCACAUAUAAAUUAAGACGGGCUUCACGUCUGGCAGUUUUCAUAGAUAUUGACCCUUGUUUUUAAGAGUGCCACUACUGCUUGACUGACUUUGAAGGUAUCAAAGACAAUUCACAAACAGCAAAACCUUUUGUUGGUCUAUAUAAGCUAUCAUUUGGUGGAUAGGGCACUUGGAGCUCCACUCAUUUUCACACCUGGCCUAAAAACUCACCAGAAAAUCCUAUACGUCCGUCUGUUCUGAAUAUGAUUAACUGAGGAGUAAGGGGGGCCUGCUGUGAUUUUUCUUUUACGUUCCGAGAGCACGAUAGCAAUGGGUUUUACCUGUGCCUUUCGCAUGUAUGUUUUUUGUUUUUUUUAUGUACUUUCAACACACCUGUGAAUCUGUACAAAUCGUAUUGUCUACUUCAAUAAGAUGGUGGGAAUCUGUUUUCCAAAUGUAGCUUGAGGAUCGGCCCCCCACCAGACAAAUGCCAAACACAGGAUUGGAACCUGUUGUCAGAUCUUAAAUACAAGGGUACAACAACACCAGCAGUCUCUUUUUUCCUUACUUUUGCUCGAAGGAGAAUUAGAGCUCGCAAACAAUGCAGGAC